AAAAACUUUGCGCUCACACUGCCUGCCUCACUCACAGGCUCACAGGGGUUUCGGCACUGACUGUGCGGGCUGCGAGGAGCAGGACAGGCUAGAGAGGGACGGGACCCCACGCACAGCAUUGCUAUUUGGGGCUCCCCGGGAAGCCCCCAUGAUGGGACUCCACCCCGAAGCCAACAAGUCCCCAGGUGACGUCCCCGAAAGCUCUGGCACCUGCUCCCGGAGUAUCUUCUGCAACAUCAAGGUGUUUGUGCUGUGCCAUGGGCUUCUCCAGCUCUCUCAGCUCCUCUACAGUGCCAACUUCAAGAGCAGCCUCACCACCAUCGAGAAGCGCUUUGGGCUCUCCAGUCUCUCUUCAGGUUUCAUCUCUAGCCUGCAUGAGAUUGGCAAUGUGGUCCUCAUCAUCUUCGUCAGCUACUUCGGCAGCCGAGUUCAUCGCCCGCGGGUGAUCGGUGUGGGGGGGCUGCUGCUGGCGCUGGGAGCAUUCCUGGUUACCCUGCCCCACUUCCUAUCAGGCCCCUAUGAAUACACCACACUCAGCACCGGUAACAAAAGCCAGGUCCAAGCUGAACUCUGUUAUGCAGAGAAUAAGUUUGUGUGCCCAAACACCACUCAGGAUCCUCAGAAGGAAGCCAGCAGCAUAUGGGCAAUGAUGGUCAUUGCCCAGCUGCUGGCUGGAAUUGGGACAGUCCCUAUCCAGCCCUUUGGGAUAUCCUAUGUAGAUGACUUUGCAGAAGCAAACAACUCCCCACUGUACGUUGCCAUCCUCUUUGCCAUUGCUGUGUUCGGCCCUGCUUUUGGAUACUUGCUGGGAUCUGUGGUGCUGCGUCUCUUUGUGGAUAUUGGGAGAGUUGACAUUGCUGCUGUGUCCCUGACACCAGGGGAUCAGCGGUGGAUUGGAGCCUGGUGGCUGGGGCUGCUGAUCUCCUCAGGCUGCUUGGUGCUCACAUCCAUUCCUUAUUUCUUUUUCCCUCGGUACAUGCUGAAAGGACAGGACUCGAACAUGGAGGCCGGCAUGCUCAGGAAGAUGGAGAAGGGGAUGGCUGAAGAAACCUCCCUGCUAGAGUUCAUAAAAAGAUUCCCAAAGAUCUUUCUCAAGUUGCUCCUCAACCCCCUCUUCAUCCUCCUGGUGCUGGCGCAGUGCAGCUUCUCCUCGGUCAUCGCAGGCUUGGCCACCUUCCUCAACAAGUUCCUGGAGAAGCAGUAUGGUGCCUCCUCCUCAUACGCCAACUUCCUCAUUGGAGCUGUGAACCUGCCAGCAGCAGCACUUGGGAUGCUUUUAGGAGGAAUCAUCAUGAAGCGCUUUGCCUUCUCCCUCCGGGCCAUUCCCCGUUUUGCUGUGGUGGUGCUUGUCUUCUCCAUCCUCAUCUGUCUGCCCAUUUUCUUCAUGGGCUGCUCCACAGGGCGCAUCGAUGGGAUCUAUCCCCCCAGUACAUUGAGUUCCCAGCAGGUUAAGACACCGAUGGGGUGCCACUGCUCUGAGCACAUCUUUCACCCAGUGUGUGGAGAAAACAAUGUAGAGUACAUCUCCCCCUGCUUUGCUGGCUGCACAAACAGCACCACAGAUUACUCCACUCCCAGACAAGUGAUCUACAGGAACUGUUCCCUGAUCCCUGCAGGGAGUGGGCUGUCCUCUGCCAAAACAGGCUCCUGUCCGCUCAGCUGCUCUCACAUGCUCCUUCCUGCCAUAUUCCUCAUCUCCUUUGCUGCCCUGGUAGCCUGCCUGUCCCACAACCCCCUUUACAUGAUGGUUUUAAGGGUGGUGAACCAGGACGAGAAGUCAUUUGCCAUUGGAGUCCAGUUCUUACUAAUGAGACUGCUGGCCUGGCUGCCAGCUCCGGCCAUGUUCGGUGCCCUCAUUGACUCCUCCUGCAUCUACUGGCAGAAGCAGUGCACCCAGCGCCGGUUUUGUGCCUACUACAACAACGACUUCCUCCGCAACAGAUACCUGGGCCUGCAAAUAGGCUACAAGGUGGUGGGCACUAUCCUCCUGGCCCUCAUCAGCUGGAAGGUGAAGAGGAGUAAGGAGUACAACGUUCAAGAGAAGGCAGCAGGGCUGGUGUAACCCACCGGAGGACUGACUCCACACCCCCCAUUACCCACUGCCAGUUCUUUGUCUCUUUUGGGUUUAUUUUUCCUCCUAAGGGAGCAACUUCACCUUAGCAGCUCUGAGCUCCUCUCCUGCAGCCAUCCUCCCAGUGAGGGAUGCUCUAUGCCAGCCCCAUCCUGAGACCAGCUUCUCCCAGGCUCUCCAGCUGCACUUUGCCCAUCACUUUGGAACAGGAGGCAGAUGGGGACUGAAUCACAGCCCCAUUCUAUAUAUUCAGAGAAGUGCCUGCUCUGGGCGAUGGUCCCCACUCCAGCGUGAUGUUUUCCAGCCAAUGCCCUUCCUGGCUGGGAUGGGAGCAGGGGAGACAAUUGCCAACUCUUGAGUCUGCCCCGUGUCCCUCUCAGCCCGCACCCCUCACAGAGGUCAAUGUGGACACUGCACACGUGAAGUUAUGUGAAGUUAUC